UACACACACCCCAAGGAAACUUCAUUCCAUCGGCAUGGGCAGACGUCUUCGACCUCCGACGAGUGCGUGACAACAGCGGCUGCAAUUUGUCAUCGACCUCUGCUCCAACUCUCUACAACAUGCCAUGGUACUGGAGAUAUUCUUGGGAGGAUGGUCCGUAUGAGUUGGAGCGCAAAAACAAUAGACUGUCCCAAGAGAAGAGUAACCUGGAGAGCAGGGUGCGGUGGUUGGUGAAUGAAAACACUGAGCUGUCCAAUGAGAAGAGUUACCUAGAGAGCAGGGUGCGGAGGUUGGUGAAUGAAAACACUGAGCUGUCCAAUGAGAAGAGAAGAGCGGCUUAUGUGUCCUCCACACUGGAGUACAGGGUGCGGGAGUUGGAGCACCAAAACACCAAACUGUCUGCUGUGCUAGUGAAGCAACGGGAGGACACGAGGAAAGCGGGUCUGCUGUUCAUGAAUGCUGCCGAUACGUACCAACAUGUAGCAGAUAGGCAAAUUAGGACAAAGGAAGAGGAAUUGGCGAACACGAGGAAGACAGGCCUGCUGUUAAUGAACGCUGCUGAUGCGUACCAAGAAGUAGCAAAGAAGCAAAUUAAGGCAAUGGUGGAGGACCUGAAGGAUGCGAGAAAGGCAGUUUUGGUGGUCAUGGAUGCUGCAGAUACAUACCAACAAGUAGCAGAGAAGCAAAUUAAGGAUAAGGUGGAGGAAUUGAGGGUCCUUGGGGUUCACAAGGCAGAGAUGGAUGCAAGGGCAGCAUCUUUGGAGUCUGAGCUAGAGGCAGCUCUAGCGAAGAAUCAGGAAUUGGAGGCUUAUUAUAGUAAGGUUCUAAUUGAAAAUGAUAGGCUUUGGUCACGGAUGGAAUUGGUGGAGGCAAAAGAGACAUCUACAAAUGCAUUUGAUUCUGACGAGGCAGAAAUCAUGAAAGAAUUGGAAGACCAUAAGAUGAAGGUGGAGGAAAAUCAUAGCAGCAAGGAUUUGAGAAAGGGUGAAAAUGAUAAGAUUCAGUUGGAGGUUUUGACUGCAGAGCAGAAAAAUAGCAUGUUUGAAGCAGGGGUCGAGAGGCUUAAAAUGGAAUUAGAUGUGUUGGUCGAGGCAAAAAAGGCAAAAUCCAGAAGCAAUCAGGAGACCUUAAGGGGGGAAGUGAAGGAAAUCCAGGCUGCCAUGGAUUUCGUGAAGCGUGACAAUGAUAAGCUUUGGUUGGAGGCUUCGGAAGCAGGGGUUGAGAGGCUCAAGGAGAAUAUUUAGCCAAGAUGUUUUCAGUGGAAAAUUUAUGUCUCUCUGGAUGGUCCGGCACCUUUUGGUGGCUAUGUCCCCUUCUGGUGCCGCUUCAUGUCUCUAUUGUGUUAAAAAAUUAAAAUAAAUUGGUGCUUUGGAAUGGAUUUAA